UAACCAGGAAGUGAGCGGAGAGGAGGUGUCAGAAGAAUCACAACAGAGCUGCUGCCGUUGAAACACGCUGUGUUUUUUGUUGUUUCAGAGAACUGACAUGUCACGAAAAGCCAAAGAAGAAUAUUACCGUUUCUUUACCGUUUCCGAGCCACGCACACACGAGAGGGGACACACCGAGUACAAAGUGACUGCACGGUUUGUGUCCAAGCGUCAUCCCGAAAAUGUGAAGGAGGUGGUCGUAUGGAAGAGGUUCACAGAGCUGAGGAAGCUCCAUGGGGAGUUGGCCUACACACACAAGAACCUGUUCAGGAGACAGGAGGAGUUUCCACCUUUUCCUCGAGCACAAGUCUUCGGAAGGUUUGAUGAGGCCGUGAUUGAAGAGAGGCGGAAGGCUUCUGAGGCCAUGCUUCUAUUUACUACAAGCAUACCUGCACUGUACAAUAGCCCACAGCUUAAAGAAUUCUUCAGAGGUGGUGAGGUCACAAGGCCUCUGGAUCCCAGCUCUGUGUCCUCUGCCGGGUCCCUGCCUCCCCCUCUCAUCCCGCUACCCAAGCGGAGGGCCUCAGACUGUGAACCCGCGGAGGAAGAGGAGGGGAGGGAGGCUCCCACCUUACCGCAAGACCUGGGCAACAACCUGGGCUUAGAGGUGGGAGAACCGGAGGUGGCGGCCGAGGCUUACAGCGAGAUGGGAGGCUCUCCGAGAGAAGAGGAACAAGAGGAGCUCAGUGACACAGAGCUGGAAGGCAGAGUCCCAUCCCCAGCCAGAAACCACCAGUCACGGGAGUCCCAGGAAGAAUUUGAUUCACUGUUUGACUCUGUGGCAGAAGACCAAGUCCCUUCCCCAAAGGAGGAAGGUCCUCCUCCACUGUCUGAUAAUGACUUGGCCGUCUUUGAUCCCUGCUGUAAACAAGGUGGAUCCAGUUCCUCCAGUGACCAUUCAGAAUUGUUCUCACUGCCGCUAAGCAGUCUGGAUGGGCAGGGCGCGAGUUACUUGAACCAGGCUGCCAUUGAACUCACAGCUGCGAUGGAGAAGGAGAAGGAGGGAGAAUUUAGUGGUGCCAUUCAUGGAUACAGGACUGCGGUGGAUAUACUCAUCCACGGAGUACAGGGAGACCCAGAUCCGAUUCGCAGGGAGUCUGUGAUGAGAAGGACGGCCCAGUACCUGAAGCACACUGAGAUGCUGGUUGACAGGCACUCCUCGCCCACACACACUCACACAUCUACACAGGAUCCUUAAGUGCAAACACACAUGUAUUUAUAUACACUGUUCACACACACACCACAACAGAUCAAAGACGAAGAAGCUCAGGGUUAUGACAUACAUGUGCUCACGUGCAUAUCACACACUUGUGUAGACACAUUGUUUGUACAACGAGAACAUAAACUGGUUUGGACCAUAAAAUUCACAAGCUCAUUCAGGUGCAAAACUACUACUGCAAUGCACACACAUACACGCAAACACACACACACACACACAUAGACAGCGCAUACUACACUGCAGGCUGUUCCUUUGGCUGCCUUUGUCUACUGAAACAAACUGAUUUUCAAAAUCAAAUUAUCUGAAAACUGAAAGUGACUGUAAACAUAAUUGACUAAAGAAUCUUUCUCUUUAAUUCUUACCUUCCUUGUAUAAUGUUUUCUUCUUCAAUACGGUAAUUAAUAUGUAUAUCAGUAGUUUGCAUUUUGCACAAACAGUGUUUUUGUUAAUAAAUAUGAUUUUAAUUUAAGUCAACAAGAUAUCUGUUUUCUUGGUUCAAAGUCCAGAAGGGACGGCUAAAACUAACUGUAACUGCCACCACUGAAUUGCAUAAUCAUUAAUCAAAGCCAAAAUCACUUCCUUGACAUGUAGAGUCAAUGCACAGGAUUUGUGGGCUUUGUAGAACAGGAACUACAGCGAGUCUUGUUGCAUUUUCCUCGGCUGAUAACCGACUGAUUUAAAAACUAUACAUUCUUGGCCUUCUUGGUGUUUUAAAUGAGAAGUCUGUCUAAUAACAUGGUUCAAGGUCACAGUGGUUGCUCAACAGAAUCCAACCAUUCAGUAUUGAAGGCUUGCAGUAGCAGGGCAGUACCUCUGAGAGACGCUGUUAGCCAUCAGAUCAAUGACCCGUCCUCACUCGCUCUGUGAUCAACACCUGUAAAUUGGCUAAUCCUCGUAUUUGUUUUUCUCAAGUAAUGAAACAAAGCGACAGACCACGAUGUGCUCAUAAACACACAUUUCAUCCACAUUUCAUCUUGAAUAAUAUCUAAGAAUCAGCCGAUGCUCUUAUUUGUUUUUCUGUUUCUCAACUUAACCUCCAUUUUAAGCCUCACUUUUGGUCUUGGUUGGUCUAAAUAUAAGGGUGAAUUUAGGGCAGAAAGAGGAGGAAGUGGGCUCCAGAAGAGAGGGAAAAGAGACAAGAGCUCAGUGGCAUACAGCAGAAUCCCUUCUCUGGAGAGGAGAGAGGGAUGGAGGGAGGACUGGAAGGACAAACAGAUGGAGAGGCAACAAAAAAAAAAUAAAUAAAGGGAGGCCGGCGAGAGGAAAAGGCUACCCUUUCUCUCGCCAGAUGAGAAAAAGAGGGGUUGUGAGAGAUAACAGAGAGCACGGAGGAGAGGAAAAAAGGAGGGAUGUGAUUAGAGGAUAAGCAGAGAUCAUCCCUCCAUUGUUAAAGGGAUGGAAAAACUGACCCUCCCUCUUCCUCUAUUUUCACCCCCUCCGCUGUAUCUCUUUUCGUUUUUUUGCAUCCUUUGUUUUGAGCUUUGUGCGGAGCUUGAAGAGGAUGGCAGAGAGAGCGAGAGAUAACAUUGCUCCAUCCUGUUAUAUAUCCCUCUUUUCCUCUCAUCUCUCCACCUCUUUACCUUU